AUGGCACCUGGGAAAUUUUUCUUGUACAUCCAGGUAAAAUGAGUUUUCAAUGAUCUUGUCUAUUAAUUUUUUGAGUGAUGAUUUUCAAAAUCUUUGGAAUAUUGUGGCCCACAUGUAUAUUAUUUUGUUAUGGUUCAGUUUUACAUUAAGUUCAAGUAGUUUAGCCAUUGUCAUAAAUAACUAUGCAAAGAGUAAAACAGCAAACAAAACAAAAACAAAAAUUGAAGGGAUUGUAAGAUAUCUACAGUCAACUCUCUUAUUUACCAGAUAUUACAUACCUCAGCUCUUUCUUCAAUGGUGUUGCAGCGACUAUUGUUGGUUAGCUAGUGUCUUUUUAAUCUUUUAUAUUCAGAAGGGUCUUGAAGGAUAGUAAUUUGCCUUCAUGUAUAAUUAUUAGUAUGUUGUGUAUGGGAUUUAUAAUGUCAUAGCAGCCCAGUGCUGGUGUACAAAAAAGUACGAAAUAUUAUUAAUAUUGCACAAGUCUAAAAAGAGAGAGCUCAUUUCCCUGAAAAAUGUAGAAAUUUCAUAGACACAAAAAGGCAUCAAAUUAAAGCAAACAAGAAGUUAUAAAUUUUUUCAUCAGCUACACGUAUCAUUAUGUUUUCACCGUUUGUUUUGACAGUUGAAUGAGCUACGUUUUACUCAGCGAAGGAAACCAGAUCCAAUGAACAGUGUUAGUCAACCAUUCAAUCCUGAAAAAUUUAACUUCACUAAAGUGCAAAGUAAAGAGGUAAGGUCAUAGUUGUCUUUACUAAAUUAGUCUGAGUAGCAAGCGUUUCCAUGUGGUUUCAGAGCAAAGAAAGACAGAGGAACGGCAAGAAAUGGGAUUUUUUGGUUUUGGCUGCCCCAAAAAUGGAACGAGUGGUCUUUGACUCAAGUUUCUCAUUCUUUGCUCUGUGGAACCACAUGGAAAUACUUGCUAUGCAGGCUAUUACUCAAUCAUCUUCCAGGAAUAAACUUUUUCUUGUAGGGUAGCUCAUCCUUGUACUAAGAAUGGAGGCAUAUAAGUCCUUAAAACAAGUUAACCAAAAUGUCUUAUUUCCUUUACUGUACCCAUAGGUUCUAUUUGAGCUUUGUCCAACACAUAAUACUGCAGCUGUCAGUGCAAAUGAUGAUCACCAUCUCAUGAUAAUUAAUGUCAGUCCUAUGGAAUAUGGACAUUCUCUGUUGGUUCCAAGUGUAAACUCCUGUCUUCCACAGGUACCUGUAAAGUGUCUUUGGCACUUUCAGAUUUGAUUUUGGCUUUACUGAGAAAAAGUCUUUAACCACCUAUCUAGACCAGGUUCAAACCCCGGCAUUGGUGCAAUAUGUUGUUUAAGUUUGUUGUUAGUUCUCUCUUCUUUCAUUCAGGAGGUUUUCUCUCCUCAAAAAUCAACAUGCACUUCCAAAUAUUUGCAAUUCAAUUUCGAACACACAGACAUAUUUAAGCGAGUUCUUAAGAACUCCUAAAAGUAAAAAAAAAAAGAAAUGCAAAACUCUCCAUGCAAUUUUCUACCCUUAAUUGAAGUACCAAAACCAAAAACCUUUAGGCAUUAUUGUCACUUGGGUCUUAUCCCGUAAUGAACAAAAAUGUGGUCAAGCUCUCCCUACCCCCCUCCCCACCCAACUGAACCCUCCUUUUAGUUAAUAACCCUGACUGAUCUUUCUUGGGAAAUCUGGGGACACAGGAUUCAUUCAACCAACAGCUAAAUGCAUUAAACAUGUUAAUAUGUUAAGUGCUUCAAGGAUAAUAAAAUUAAUUAUUAUCAGAUCAUUAGCUUUUUUAUUAGAGAGUUUUACCACUUAACUUAGAUAAUCUCUGGUUUGCAUACAUGUCAGUGUACAGCUUUGUACAUGCUGAAUAUUAAGGUGGGAAAGGUGGUGGAUUCUGUGGAAUUACCAGUACCAUCUUGUCACUUAUUGCUGUAUGUUUGUAAUAAACUGCUAGGUUCUUACUGAAGAAGCAAUAUUACUUGGGCUGGAGACAUCUAUGUUAAGUAGCCACAGGUAAACUAAUAUAGCAAUAACUUAUUACGAUCAUUACAUGAAAUCAAAACAUUGUGAAGUUUGUGAAGAUUUCCUUUUAAUUCAGAUUUGCUUACCAGAAAUUGUGGAAGAAAAGCAAAGGACUUAAUGACAUUCAUGUUCCCUUAAUGCAGGUGAUCCUCUUAACAUGCGUUUCACUUUUUUUUUCUGCAGAGGAUUCCGUUUGGGUUUUAACAGCCUGUGUGCUUACUGUUCCGUGAAUCAUUUACAUUUCCAUGUGUGGUACAAUAAACAUCCAUCUUAUCUUGAGACGGUGGUGAGUUCAUCAGACAACCUUGCCGCAUUUUAUCCGGCUUCCGUGCUUUCUUUUUGUGGUACUGUGGAAGUAAACAUUUAACAUAGGGAAAUAAUUAUGGCGGAGAUGUGCUAUAAUUUAUGCCUGUUAGUUUAAGGACCUUUCAUUCUUCUUUCCCAUGGCAUCCCCUGCACGCAUUAACAUGGCAAAAAUUCCAACCUCUGAAAUAUUUGCUGGCGUUCUGUGAAGAAAAGUGCCCGUGGGUUAAGAUAUAUCUUUUUGAGUGGGAGCACCAGAGAGAAUUCUUUGUUUUUGUAAUAUUGGUGGAGGCUUUUGAACUACAUAUAGGAGACUAGAUUCAACCCACGUUCCGAGAUUCUCUCCAUUGUCUUCAGGAGACUGGGGAUAAUAAAUUAUAAGUAAUAUCCCUCGACAAAGUGGGCAUGCGUGCCUUCCCCUCCACCCCACCCCCGCUUAAUUCUCCCCGCUGUUUGUUAGCCUUUUCAGUACGCCUGCAUUAAUUACGAGGUUUUCUCUCUCUUUGAUGAAUUGUUGUAGGACGUUUUUCCUGUUUGUGAAGACCUAUUUGAAGUUAGAGAUUAUGCAACGACUAUGUUCGUCUUCGAGUUAGGACCUCACACUAAUCCUAGUUUACUAGCGAGGUAAGGAGCGAAACGUUGUAAUAACUCAUUACACUGUUUAACAGCAUCCCCUGAUCGUAUUUUCUGUUAGUUAAGAAAAAGAGGAGGAAAUAAAACUUACGUGUAUAUACAGUUUCAGCAAUAGUUUUUACCCUAUAGCGGCUACUCCAAAGGGGACUGGAAUCUAAUCCCCCUACGAUUAGAGCAGAAAGUUAUUCAGAUUUUUGUAAUUACCUCAGCUAUAAUUCUUACGUUUAUCUUUUAUUACUUUUUUCUUCUUCUUGUUUUAAAUUUUUUUAUUACUCUAUUUUCCAUGCGCAACGGAAAGCGUUAAAAUAGAAGUUCUAUAUAAUGUCACGCUAAAGUACUGAGGCAAACGCACGUCGCACGCCUGGUUUGGGCUGCUUUUACUGUUGGUGGAUAGUGGUAUUUUUAACCAGUUAUAUUAAAAACACUGCUGUUCGUAUUUUAAACAUUACAUAAUUGGGUUCAAUCUGAGCAUAACUGGUUUAAAACCGAGCGUUUGAAGAAAAGUUUUAUUUUUAGCCACUUUAGUUUUAUUUUUUUCUCUUUGUUAUCAUCAGUAUUUGUAAAUAUCCCGUAAUUCAGCCUACGGCUGCAAUGGUGUUUAUAAUUAAGUAUCUAUCUAUCUACCUGUCAAUCAAACGCGAAAGAAAUAAAAGUAAAAAUUGAAAUGCUUGCACAAAUAUGAUGGAAUAAAAGCUAUUUAUAACAUACUGUAUGUAUGAUAUGCAAUUUAUUAUAUACAUGUUUAAAUCUCAGAUAUAUACAUAAGAACCUUCAAGGCCGAGGUGACGAAAUGUAAAGUCUCUGAGAGGGCCGAUUUCACCGAGCAUGUUAGCAAACGUAUUAACCUAGCGUUCCACAAAAUGACACCCCUGCAAACUUCUAAAUUCCUGCCAUAAUUAGCACAAAACCACGCAACCGUUAGAAAAAUGAACGAUCUAAGUGACCUCACCGCCGGUUAAUCUUGGCUGUCGUUUUGUUCACAGAAAAAUAAACCAAGUGUCGUCUUAUUUUAUACAAAACGAGGUCGCACAUACUUGUCUUAUUAUGCGUGGAGAAGCUUGUACCUCAAAAGCGCUGAUAAAUGGGUAUGUUAACAAGGAAAGUAAGCAACAGUCUGUCCUCAGAGUCUUCCUCUGGCCUCGAAAUGCUGUGACUGGUGAGUAGAACAAAGACUUAAAACAAUUAGAGCGCUUUUCAUUUGAGUGUCGAAAAGUAAUUGGACUUUCGAGCAUCCGUUUUCCGGGUGGGUAGAAAACGAAGACUUAAGACCUAAGACCUAAGACCCAAAAACGAAGACCCCCGUCAAAAUCACUUAUAAAUACCUAGUUUUUGGGUAUUAGGUCUUAGGUCCUCGUUUUCUACCCACCCUCCGUUUUCCUCUGAUUUACACUAGAAUUAGCACGUAUUGAUUAUGUCUUUCUUUCCGCAGAACCGGAAAACUGUGAUUAAAUAGUACAGUUUCUCUUAAGUUCUCGUUAAAAUUUAUUUUUUUUACAAAUCACUUUUUCUUUAAUUAAGAUCUCUUGCUAGCUUAUCCGAAACCAUCUAGUGCCACAGCAACAAUAGUACAUACUGUUGCAAACACACUGAAGAACUUAGUAUCUUUAUGGAACCAGCUACGCAGGCUAACUCUGCUAUGUAAUUGUAUUGACAGGUUCCGAGGUGAAGAGCUCGUAUGCGGAAUCAGACGAACGACCUAUGGCUGUCUGUGAAUUAGGUGGCUUUGUAGCAGUUGAAAGUGAGAAUCCGCUUUUAUAAGUUGCUUUCUUUUCAGCUGAGUGCAUGUCAUAAGUUUUUCUCCCCACGUAAGGGAAUGCAAGACUCAGGAUUCCACGUACUGGAUUCCGGAUGCUAAUCGUCAGUGGAAUUCUGGAUUCCUCAGAGCCCAGGAUUCCGGAUCUCACAGCAAAAAUUUGCUCGAUUCCAGAUUUACAGUCAGAUUUCACAAGCAAAAAUUUCCCGCAUUCCAGAAUCUGGAUUCCCUUACGUCGGGCCAAGUUCUGCUUAAUGAUGACAAUUAUUUUCUUUUCAUUUGUGUGCUUUUUUGUUUUUUUUGCUCUUUCAGCAAGAGAGACAUUUAAUUCGUUCAGCGAGGAAAAAUUUUGUGAAUACAUGAAACGAGCUACGCUACGUGGAGAAGAGUUUGCCAAGCACAGGGAGGCAAUAAGAGAAUUACUUAGAAAUUAAAUUAGCUUGUUGCAUUUCUCGGACAAAUCUUGUAGUAUUGGUGUAAAAGCACUCUUUCCGGUUGUGGUAAUUUUUUGGGGAAAGACUUUGAAGUCUGGUCAGCAACAACGAUCGAACUUGCUAGUGCAUCCGUGUUCAUAUCAGGGAUAACCAUCCACUGGGUUUUCUAAUCAUCACUGUUCAACUUAGGU